CCAAGGAUGUUUUCCGAACAGGCUGAUUUAAACUACAGCUUUAACAUGAGCGAGGAAGACCGGUUAACUCUUCUGGAUGAGGACUGGAGCGACCCACCGGUGGAGACGCUCUCUCGGGCGGGCUUCAUCGCCCUGUCCGUGGUCCUGGGAUUCAUCAUGACUUUCGGCUUUCUCAAUAACUUUAUCGUCUUAGUCCUCUUCUGUAGGUUUAAGACACUUCGGACCCCGGUUAACAUGCUUCUUUUGAACAUCAGCGUCAGUGACAUGCUGGUGUGCGUGUUCGGGACGACCAUGAGCUUCGCGUCCAGUGUGCGGGGACGGUGGCUGCUCGGGCGGCACGGAUGUAUGUGGUACGGCUUUAUCAACUCCUGCUUCGGCAUCGUGUCUCUGAUAUCCUUGGUGGUUCUUUCCUACGACCGCUACAGUACAUUGACAGUGUAUCAUAAACGCAGUCCUGAUUAUCGCAAACCUCUGCUGGCAGUAGGGGGUUCCUGGCUGUACUCUUUGAUCUGGACAGUGCCACCCCUUCUGGGCUGGAGUAGUUAUGGGCUGGAGGGAGCGGGAACAAGCUGCUCUGUGUCAUGGACCCAGCGUACAACCCAGUCCCAUGCCUACAUCAUCUGCUUGUUUAUAUUCUGCCUGGGCCUUCCAGUGCUCAUCAUGGUCUACUGCUAUGGGAGACUGCUGCAUGCCGUCAAGCAGGUAGGGAAGAUUCGCAAGACGGCAGCCCGCAAAAGAGAAUACCAUGUUUUAUUUAUGGUUAUCACCACCGUGGUGUGUUACCUUUUGUGCUGGAUGCCAUACGGCAUUGUGGCCAUGAUGGCCACAUUUGGCCGGCCAGGAAUUAUUUCACCUGUUGCCAGUGUGGUGCCCUCUCUACUUGCCAAGAGCAGCACAGUCAUUAACCCUUUAAUAUACAUCCUCAUGAACAAACAGUUCUACAGGUGUUUCCUAAUGAUGUUCUGCUGUCAGAGGUGGUCAGUGCAGAAUGGUCAUUCCAUGCCCUCAAAGACCACGGUCAUCCAGCUUCAUCGUAGAGUCUACAGCAACACAGUAGCCUGCACUGCCCAGAUCUCCACUGGGAUCCACAACCAUGACUGCAGUACUCCUGCCACAGAAAGAACCAACCCCCCAGAGAUCAGCCCCUAAACUGGGCCAUCACAGCCCAGCAGCCCCUGCAAAAACAAUACUGCCACUGUUGUUCCACUGCCGCUCUGUGCAAAUCAGGGUUCCCACAUCAUCUGUUCAAUGCAUUUUCAUGAUUGUACCAAGACUUCACCACAGGAUUCCCUCACCUUUUGAACAAAGAAUGUCAAUGACCUUUCCACGACUCUUUCAGUUGUUUGCGAUUACUGGAUAAGGAUUUUUAAAUAUCAUUUCAUAGAGUUUGCACUCUUUCUAGUUUGCACCCUUUCUAGCAAUUUCUAGCUAAUGACAAAUUUUAGAUCCAAGCAAAACUAGAACAAAUUAAACUGUCUUGAAAUUUCCAUGACCUUCCAGGAUUUCAUGAAUUUUGAUGACUUUGCCAGGCCUGGAAAAAAGACCAUUAUAAAAUUUCCUGAUAUUUCCAUGACCCUGGGAACCUUGGCAUGUGCAUUUGCUCUUUGCUGCCAUGUCAUCAUGAUGAUUUAGAGCAUGUGGAUGAUGGUCAAUCUUUGCCUGCUUUACUGAAUAUAGCUCUGUCAUUCAACUCUUGUCUUUUGUCUUGACCUUGUUCACUACUUCUCUUUCAACAAGGGCUUUAAUUUACUUUUCACAGUAAAAAGUAAAUGUGCUUUUUUCACUCUCUUUCUUUCUUUCUCCUUCUUUCUUUGCGGGCUAUAACAACUGCAGCAGAACACAAAUUGUCCAAAGCUUAGGAGCAUUUUAUGUUAAACACUUUGAAGAAUGUCAUAAGCAUAUAGUUUCAUGUCAGGCUGCUAUGAACACGGAUAGACUGAGCUGUUCAAUGUG